AUGCAACGGCGCUCGUGCCACUGCCAGCGCCUGCGGCCGCCGCUGAAACAGCAGCGGCGGCGCAAGUGGCGGCGCCAGAAGGCGCUCUUGGAGAGGGGCGAGACCGCUGCAUCCAUGGAAGCAGACUCAGCCGGCCGCCUUCAGACGUUGGCCGCGGCGUCCCAGCCGCUGCCCGAGGCCGAGGCCCCGCUGCCAGCCUCGGCGCUGCAGCGGGCAGGGUGCACAGAGGACAACCUGCUGACGCGGAUCCUCACCCGCGGCGCGUUCGUGAACUUCGGGCAGUUAGACGGGGGCAAGGUGCCUGGAGGACAGAAGGCUUUCGUGAAGUCCAUGGACGUGCCCUCAGAUCGUCCGAGUGAACUACUGCUACAGUUUGCUCCGCCAGUGCCGCUGCCCAGAGAAGUUGUACAUGCUCUAGGCUCGCGCUGGCACGCGGUGGCGGACGAGGCGCUUUGGUGGCGCGGGGCACGACAGGAGUGUUGGCUUGGCCCGGGCGAGGCGCUGUUCGGCGGUUUCCUUGCACCCGCGGGCGGGGCGUUCGCGUACCGGCUGGCCCCAGAGGCGGCAGGGGUUGCUGGCUGCGACGCCUGCAUGUUCGGGAUUCUUGUUUAGGCUUCCAGGCUUUCCGCAGUGCCCUGCUCGGCGGUGGCCUCCAAAGUUUUCUCAGCGCAGUGCUGGGAUCUGUGACUGUAGGGCUGGGCUAGCUCCACUCUUCGCCCACGCGUCUCGCUCAAGUUCCUCUCUUCGGACUGGUGUGUCGUGUUCUCGGCAUAGAUGGGGAGGUGCAUUCGGCCAUGCUUGCGCAGACGUGCGUGCGAGCACGCUGACAUACAAUUACUUGUGACAUGUGGCAUUUGCGUGCUGCUUUUCCGAUUGAUCUUAGUAGGUAUCGAGUAACGUUUAAUUCGUCAACUGCACCCUUGAUUGUUUUGGCGUGCAGCCAAACUCACGGGGUGCUGACUUCGCACGGUGCUGGACAUUCCUUCACGGCCCACUCUGUCUCCGGCUGCGAACGGCCAUUCUGCACUAGUCGCGCGACGUUUUGUUUUCUCUGGUCAGUCUUGGUUAGCUGCUGCAGUCAGGGUAUUGCUGCGCUGGCCACACGAUUACCGCCAUGGAGUGGCAACCUCAGCGGUGAGAAA